AUGCCGGCUUGCGCUGGAGAGAGAUGUAAACCCAGCGCCUACAUACCUGUGGCCACUGCCGCCUGUCUCCUUGUGGGAUCCUCAACUUUAUUUUUUGUGUUCACGGGCCCUUGGCUGGUGGAGCGGAUCUGUCUGGCGGCGCCAAUAUGCACCGGCGUCGUGUUCUUUUUCGUGUUGGCCAACUUCACCAUGGCAACCUUCAUGGACCCCGGUGUACUGCCGAGAGCCAAUGAGGACGAGGAUAAGGACGAUGACUUCCGGGCGCCCCUGUACAAGAACGUGGAGGUGCGGGGGAUCCAGGUGCGCAUGAAGUGGUGCACUUCCUGUCACUUCUACAGACCGCCACGCUGUUCACACUGCAGUGUGUGCGACCACUGCGUAGAGGAUUUUGACCACCACUGUCCAUGGGUCAACAACUGCAUUGGGAAAAGGAACUACCGUUACUUCUUCCUCUUCCUGCUGACCCUUAGUGUCCACAUGUUGGACGUUUUCGGCUUUGGCCUUCUGUACGUGUUGGAACAUCUGGAGGACCUGUGGGCUCUGGAAGCUUCUGUCACUGUGGUUGUGAUGAGCAUCUCGGGGCUGUUCUUCCUGCCAGUCCUGGGGCUGGCCUGCUUCCACCUGGUCCUGGUAGCCAGAGGGCGGACGACAAACGAGCAGGUGACGGGGAAAUUCCAGGAAGGAGUGAACCCUUUCACCAAAGGUUGCUUUGGCAACGUGGAAUCUGUUCUAUGUAGUCCUCUGAGCCCAAGGUACGUCGGGAAGCGGAGGACGAAGCCUCCUAUUAGAAUUCAACCACCUUUCAAGAGGCCAGAAAGUGACAGAGAAACUCCUGUUAAAAUUAGGGACAAUGGAAUUCAAACCAAUACCCUUCCAAAUAAGGCUGUGGAGGGAGUGGAUGUGCCAGACAGCAAGCGGCUCAACACCCCUCCUCCUCUGCCACCCAAACCCGACCCUGUCCUCCUGCGGAACCACUUGGCUGCCUUGGAAGAGAGCCUCUUGCAUGGCAGGUCCUCCUUCCCCUCAGCCCAGCCUCCAGGGACACUGCGCCCCUCCCUGAACCACCUCUCCAAGCUCGGCCCCCUCUCCUCCAGGGAAGAAGUCCGUCAGACUAUGGAGUCGAUGACGCAGACUGGCGUGCGCCCUCUGGACUUCUCGUCUGACCCCAACCUGGGCUUCCCGUCCAGCGCGCUGCCCCUGAACUCCCUCACCCUCAACUCGCGCUCGCUCAGCCUCAAGCACGCGCACCGCUACCGCGACCGGACCUCGCUCGCCUCCCAGACCUCCGAGGGCCUGACCCCGUUGGGCUCGGCGUCCGCCUCGCAGAGCCUUCGCCUCUCCCCGAGCGCGCUGACCAGCCGCGGCAGCAGCCUCUCCUACGACAGCCUGCUGGGCGCCCCCGGGGAGCUCAACGGCUCCCAGCGAGGGCUCCCCCUGCUGGGCUUCCAGGUGCCCUACAUCCCCCUGGACUCUGGGGUGCUGAGCCUGACCCGGGGGGCCGAGCUCCAGCGCCACUCGCCGCACUCGCGCAGCCCCGUCUUCAUGGGCGUGAGCCGGCAGUCGCCGCAGCCGCGCGAGCCCUCGCCCGUGCGCUACGACAACCUGUCCAAGGCCAUCAUGGCGUCCAUCCAGGAGCGGCGCGAGCUGGAGGAGCGGGAGAGGCUCACGCAGCUGCACCUCGCCGGCCCGACUGACAGCGCCGCCGGGCCUAGCUACGCGGCCCCCGACACCGGGGUGUACGACACGCCGAGCCGCCGCAGCUUCCCGCUGGAGGGCCUCCGGGGCCCGCCGUCGCGGGGCCCGACCCCGCCGGCGUACGGCUCGCGCGAGUUCCUGAUGAGCAGCGCGGCGUACGGCUACGGCAGCCGCUUGGGCCUGUCCAGCUCGUCCACGUCGUCGCUGUCCCGCGCUGCCGCGCCGUCCCGCAUCUCGUGCUCCUCCACGUCCUCGCUGUCGCGCACGCCGCGCAACUCCUGCUCGUCCACCUCGUCCCUCUCGCGGGCGCCCCGGGCCUGCGGAUCGCCGCUCCAGUCGCACGCUCCGGGCGGCGGGGGCGACCGCUCGCUGUCCCCGGCGUACCACUCGCUGGAGCGCCAGCUCCAGCAGUCGCCCUCCGCCCUGCUCUGCUCCCCGACCUCCUACACCACCCCCCGAGGCCUCGCCUUCAUCUCUGACACGGAAGCCCCAGACCAGCCCCCCUCGGAGGGACUGCAGCGCUUUGAGAGUUGA